AUGUGUCUGUUUUUAGAAAAUCACAGAAAAUGGAGUACUUUUCUAAAGCCCCUGUGCAAUUUUCGCAAACCGAGGUCCGUAAGUAAUAUCAAAAUAAAGAACCGGGUCCCCGGAACUCAGUGCCUGUCGCAGUCAUUCGCCGAUAAACUGCUGGGAAACAUUGACAAGCCCAUCACUGUCAUAGGCAGCCCAAUGGAUGUUAGAAAAGCUGCUAGAAACUUCCAAGAACAAAAUGACGUCAUAACACAAUAUCUUCACAGAAAAAAGAAUGGGGCAUCCUCACCGUCGCUGAUUUCACUAAAAAACAAAGAAGAAAAUGGAGCUCGCUCUGAUGUUUCCAGGCCUGUCACUGAUGAUUCCAUAUCUGGAAAGGAAGCCGUGAUUGAAAUAGGAGAUGGUGACAGCCAAGAGCAAGGGACGUCAACUUUUCCUCAUCUGGUUUCAAACCCAGUUCUUUCUGGUGAUCAAAUUAAUAUCGAAUUACUCGACAAUUCCAAGGAGAACCCCAUUGCUAUAAGCGAUGAUUCCUCUGACGAGGAAGUAAACAUUACGAAACUGCUGAAUGGUAAACGAAAACUAGACGACACAAGUGUAUCAGAAAUCUCUGGUCCGUCAAACCAAAAACGUGCCAUGCCAGACCAAAGCUUGUAUGAAGACAAGACUGAAAUGCAAAGUUUCCUUGAUAAAAAUAUUUUAAGCAAGGAAGUGACCGUGGAUAUCAUGGAGGAUGAGGGCGAGAAGGAAAAAUCCAAUCAACGACCACUAUCAGAGGAAUCAGAAUCAAACGAACCUGACCGUGGAAAAAGUGACGACGUACAAGAUGUAGAACCCGCUGAUAUUGAAACGAAAAACGGGAAUGGAAUACCUUGUCACACUGUUAACAAAGAUGAAACGCAAAAGUUCGUUGAUAAAAACUUGAAGCGAAGUAGUCUGUAUGGUAAUGUAAAUUAUUCAAUGGUUGUAAAUGAUGUUUCAUCUAAAGAGAGCACCCGUAGUGAGGUACCCACCGAUAUCAACAAAACACCUCCGCGCGAAGAGUCAAAUGCUCCGAGUCAAAUUAACGCUUGGAAAUCUUUAUUACGUGAUCAUUCGCCAUCAUGUUCAAAAGCAGAGUUACCUUCUAGUUCCGUUUCACUAUUUGAUACGGACAGGAAUUCAGAAAUUCUAAAGAAAACUGAAGAAGAGACUCAGGCAGAUGAAGAGUUGCCUGGUAUAACUAUGUCCGCUAUCUUAAAUGUUCAGCAAAUGUCUGGCUUGAAGAAAGAGUACACGAUAGAGAGACCGCGAGCUAGAAACGAAUGCAGUCCAAAUAAAAAAGACGAUAUUGACAAACCUUGUUCUCAGUGGAAAAUCGAACUAUUUGCUCGCUAUUUUGAUUUCGAGAAUUGUGUGGAGGAACUAAAUGUAGAGAUUUCUGAGGAUCACGCUAAAUUCUCGGCUGACCUCGAUCACAUGGUGUCUGAGUUCAAAAGGAGAGUGGGUAUAGCUUCAUCAGCUGAUAAACAUCACAAAAGAAGUGAAGAAGGGACGCCGAACUUUGCGUCUUUAUGUAGAACAGAAAUGGGGACCAGACUGAUCCUGAAUGAAAUACUAUUUCCCCUGUGUUCAUUUUUGGACUUUUCCGUUGAAAUCGAAAGAAACGUAGAUUGUCUGUACCUUCCAAACUGUCGAUUUGACUAUAGAAUUUUUGAUAAAGAUGGUGAAAUUGUUGGAGCAGUAGAGACAAAGAGCGCCGGCUCCUUGCGCCCCGACGCCGUGGCGCAGGCGGUGAUAGAGCUGUGUAUACUACAGACCGAACGCCUCACCAAAACCAAAGAUUCCGCCAAACUUAACACGCCCUUGUUCAAUGUGUUGACGGACGGCGUUCGGUUUGUUUUCAUUGUUCUCAAAGGAAACAAGUUGCACUUUGAGCAGGCCUUCAAUAGGAUAUACGUUAGGGAACUGUCAGAUUGGGAUGAUGUUAACAAACUGUACAAAUCCCUGAUGCAGCUUCUGCGCUCAGAAAAAUCCAUGUGUGUCUCAAAAGAGAAAAUUGAUUCAAGAACGUGUUACCAGUGCCACGAGGUUGACGAUCCUAAAAGCUGUACAACUUCUAUUAACUGUGGAGUCGGUAAACAAUGCAUAGUUUCGGAGACAAUCGGAGAUGACUUCAUUUAUCAUUACAACAUGGGAUGUGUUGAUAAAUCGUUUUGUUCCUCUGGGACUGAUUUGCCGCAUUCCCCGCCCGCGGUGGGAAGGAGAACCGUGUACAAACGUAACCUACAGUUUGGCUGCUGUGACACGGAUCUCUGUAACAACAAACUGCCGUCUGAACUGACGCCAACAACCUGUCCCACUGGAACUCACGAAUUUAAGGAUGGACAGGUGCAACUGUGCUAUUAUCUGCUGAAACAAGAGCGCAAUGCCGACGACGGCGCCAAAGCAUGCGCUGACACAUUCCAUGGAGGAAAACUGGCCUACAUUCCGUCAAGAGCUGCUGACGACUUUAUAAAAUCAUCCAUUGGCUCCGAAUUCCGAGGUGACAACUCGGGAACAUUUAUUGGAGUCUUUGACAAAGAGCACGAAUUGUCGUUCGUGGAUACGGAUGGAUCCCCUCAGGUAUUUUUCGACUGGCGACACGGCCAGCCCAAUGAUCCCAAUGUCAAUGACCCGAUCCGUGAACCUGCCCAGGACUGUGUGAUCAUGUAUCCAAACGACAGAGAACAUUUUACUUGGCAAGACAGACCAUGCGAAGUACUGGCUUGGACUCUAUGUUCCAUCAACAUUCACAAAUAAAACUACUAUAUCCUAUUA